UGGGCGGAAGGAGGAUGGAGAAGUGCCUGGUGGGACUGAGGACUAUCUAAGAGCUACUUUCUAGCUGGGAGAGGCAGGGUGAGGGCGUCUGCUCCAGGGACCCAGAGGACCACCCACCAAGCAGCUGAGAAUCAGGUGUGACUUCCACCCUGGGCUGCUCUCCCAGCCAUGGCCGACACCAUCUUCAGCAGUGGAAAUGAUCAGUGGGUUUGCCCCAAUGACCGGCAGCUGGCUCUUCGAGCCAAGCUGCAGACAGGCUGGUCUGUGCACACAUACCAGACAGAGAAGCAAAGGAGGAACCAGUGUCUGAGCCCCGGCGAGCUGGAGGUCAUCCUGCAGGUCAUCCAGAGAGCAGAGCGGCUGGACAUCCUGGAGCAGCAGAGGAUUGGGCGUCUGGUGGAGCGGUUGGAGACGAUGCAGCGGAACGUGAUGGGCAAUGGCCUCUCCCAAUGUCUGCUCUGCGGGGAGGUACUGGGCUUCCUGGGCAGCGCCUCUGUCUUCUGCAAAGACUGCAGGAAGAAAGUCUGCACCAAAUGUGGGAUCGAGGCCUCUCCUGGCCAGAAGCGGCCCCUGUGGCUGUGUAAGAUCUGCAGUGAGCAAAGAGAGGUCUGGAAGAGGUCAGGGGCCUGGUUCUACAAGGGGCUCCCCAAGUACAUCUUGCCCCUGAAGACACCUGGCCGGGCUGAUGAUCCCCAUUUACGACCUCUGCCUGUGGAACCCACAGAACCCCAGCCUCAGAGCGCUGAAGCAAGCCGUGUCUACACAUGGGCCCGAGGGAGAGUGGUUUCCAGCGACAGUGACUCGGACCUCAGCUCCUCCAGCUUGGAGGACAGACCCAUGCCCACUGUGGUCAAGGGCACAAAAGGUGACAAGCCUAGAGGGGACUCAGGUAGCAGCGUGGAGUCCCCCAGGAUGGGGCCUGCCUGCCCACCCAGCCAUCUCUCCGGCAGCCAGAGCAGCCUGGCCAGUGAUACUGGGGCAGGUGCUGCAGACCCACAGGGAGGCACCCCACCCCGGCCUGAGCCCAGGGUGCCCGCCUCCUGCAGCCCUCUCUAGGAUGCAUUCUAGUCCCAGCCCUAACACUGGGAGUUUGGGCACACCAGCAGUGAACCUAUGCGGUGCUAGAGGUCGAAAACAGUCAGACAUAGGCCAAGAGGUCACUGCCUUGAAGAUGACAGACAAGGUUUGGACAGACAGACCAAAGCACGGGUGUACAGAUAACAAGCUUGUGAGCACACAGCACGGUGGACAGUGCAGGCUCACCCUGGACCCAGGAAGGCUCUGUCCUCACACAUCUAUUUCUUCCCAGAGCUGGGUUGUCACUGGGGAGGAAGCCAACCACCACUCACUAUUCAGUGGUCUUUUUCUCUCUCUGCCAAAGGCAAAAGACAUACAUGGACAACUCCUCGCUGCUGAUGUGGCCUCCUGGCACCCCAAAGCUGAGGCAGACCCUCCAGCGGAAGAUUUAGAGAGAGAAUACAGAGCCAGGCUUCCUGGCUCCUUUCUGAAGGUCCUUGAGGCCUCCUCACCAGCAUCCUGAUGGCCUUGACCUCCAACUCAACAAACCAGUGUUUGGGGACGAGCACACUUGCCCCCAUCUAGUGCCUUGCUGCACCCUCCUGGGCAGAAAGCCCCUUAUCUACCACCUCACUCAGCCCCCCACCUUUAUUUAUUGCCCUACCCACCCACCCCAGUCCUCCCCAUGUUUUGAUUUGCUUGGGUCUUGGGUUGGGCUGGAAGGGCCUUCCUCUAUGCACUGAAAUUUCAUUGGGACCACACAGGGCUUUCUUUGUACUAAUGCUGAGAAGAAAUCUAACCCUGAAUGUGACCCUGCAAAGCUGAGUAACCCCCUCAGUGUGAGCCUGGAGCUGUGUGUGUCCUAUCUGCCCCAGGCUAGCCCAGGAGCUGGGUUUAACCCAGCUUUGAGGUUUCCUUGAAGCCCCUAUUGGCCUCCAGGUUUUUUCUCAGUUCUGGCACACGGCUCCCCUAAGACAUUAAAACAAGGAACCCAGCCGCCCCCCCCCCCC